UGAUGAUGAAGCAGUUCAUGGCCAUGUUAAAGAAGAAUGAAAACGAGCAUCCCCCACCCACCAAACUGCUGGAUCUAGCAGGGCAGCUUUGCCAGGAGCUCCAGAGCUCUUCUCCUAGUCUGGAGAAGCUGGUUGAAGCCAUGAUGAAAUGCAAGAACAGCAGAGAUUUUCUUACUAACAUCCAUGUUGUCCGGGCUUGUGUGUCCGUUCAUAUCCAUAAAGGGCAACAUGAUGCAGCCUGCAGACUCCUGGAGCAUUGCAAGGCACAAGAGAAGGAAGAACUGGUGCAGCUUUGGCAUGAGGUUCACUACCGGAGGGUUAUGGAGAAGCAGCAGACAGAUGUUCUGACACCACUGCAGAAAUUCCGUUGCAGGAAGAGGAAUCCUCCACCUCUUUCCCUUUGUCCUGAAGGUUUGAAGAAUCGAAAUUUUUCAGAAGAAGUACGCCAGCACCUGUUCAGGUUUGCUGCAGAGGUGACAGCAAAUCCAGACAAGAAACAGAGGGAGGAACUGGCUCGGGCCAUGAACCUGCAGCCAACCCAGGUCUAUAACUGGUUUGCAAAUUAUCGGCGCCGCCAGAAAUCCCGCCUUGUUCGUGUGGAAGAGCUCAACAAUUCCUGUCCUGAGAGGGCUUUGCCUUCCCACAGAAGUGAGCCACAGGAUAAAGGAUCCAACACUCCACAAACUGCAGGUUUGUCUCUUCCUAAUGGGUUCAGGAUGUGGUCCAGAGAGGUCCUGGAGGAUCCUGUUGUUGACUCUCUAACCAACGACAUGUUCCAGGCAGCAUGCCUGCUCUGUGAGUUUUCUGACAGUGGACGGAUGUGA